AAGCGUUUGUUGAGUCAGGUAAACGUCAGAGAUGGUGUUAUUGGCACUAAGCGCGUUUUCAACCAAAUCAUUCGGUCACGUGACUAAGCUUUGUCAUAGUAAACCAAUAGGUUUGUAAGUUCGGCGAAUUUGAGUGAACCAUCCGAUUUGUCGCCGGCGACAGCACAGCACAUUCAGUUCGAAGACGGCUGGCCAGUGGCGACGCUGCCUGACGUCCGCGCCUGACUAUGACGUAACAAUAUCUGGCGCGCGAGUUUGACGGGCGCGCGCCCCACCAGCGAAACAUAAUGGCGGGCGGCUGGUUUCUGACGACAUAACGGCGACGUCCAACGCACAAUGACUGCGGCCGCCAGGCGCCAGUCGUGCUUCCUGUGCGACCUGCCCCGUAUGCCGUGGGCCGUCAUCUGGGACUUCAGCGAGGCCGUGUGCCGAGGCUGCGUCAACUACGAGGGAGCCGACCGCGUCGAGUCGGUCAUCGACGCCGCCCGCUUCCUCAAGCGGGCCCACGGCCUCCACGAGGGACGAGGGGGAAAACCGACGCCGCCCACCGUCAAGGAGCUCCAGUACCCGGCCGGGGGGGAGCUCGCCUCCUCCCGCUGUCCGCUAACCGACGGGCCGCCACCGCCUCGCCUCGGCCCGGAGUACCAGACGUCGAGUGCGACGACGGCCGCGGCUAGGCUCGUCAACGGAUUCCCCAAAGCCGACGAGCCGCCCGAGCUGAAGCGCCAGAGCCCCGUCAACGUCGGCCACCAGCGUCUGCAGGACAACAUGGUAGCGGACAAGGGCAGAAGCGCGCGCGAGCUCGUGGCCGUGCACGCGAUCGAGGGCAGGUUCGCGAAGGAGCACGUGGCCGCCGCCUCCAAGACAGAGCGGGCCAAGCCCCCGCGGGGCACCAAGAGGAAGGCGUCGCCCGAGCCAGACGGCCAAGGCUCGGCACCCAAGUGCAACGUGGCGGAGGGCCCGCCGUGGUUGCCGUGGCCCGACGAGGCGCUUAAGACGGCCGGCUUCUCGUCUGCACUCUCCCCCCCUGAGGCGGCCGUGCCACCGCACGCUCAGUCACCCGUCGGCGCGUUCAUCAACGCCGGCGUACCCGAAGGCGCCGCCCCGCUCGGGCGGUCGCCGGGCGUCCCGCUCGGCUGCACGCUGUGCCGGGAGCGGCUGGAGGACACGCAUUUUGUUCAGUGCCCGUCUGUGGCGUCGCACAAGUUUUGCUUUCCGUGUUCCCGUGCCAGCAUCAAGACGCAGGGCGCCGGCGGGGAGGUGUACUGCCCCAGCGGGGGGCGCUGCCCUCUGGCCGUCUCCAACCUGCCCUGGGCCUUCAUGCGGGGCGAGAUCGCCACCAUCCUGGCCGGAGACGUCGAGGUGAAGGAGCGGGACUCUUAAAAGCCUUCUUCUCGUUACCCUGCCGACUUGUUGUUGUUGUUUUUCUCCACGUUCUCUUUGUACCUUUUCCAACAGCACCGAUCGCAGCGGGCGCUCAGCCAAUAAAAAGAACCUUACCACUCCGA